AUGCCACACUCCCCAGCAGAAAUCACAAACGAAUUUGAAGUUGUCGAUGACAUUAACUUUGGAUUCUUCGGAGUUGUCUACAAAGUUAGAAGAAUUGGUAAUCGCUAUUUAGCUGACAAUAAAGAUCUAUGCAGUGAAAACGGUUGUAAAAAAAGUAUGGAGAUGCUAAGAGCUGAAAAGAUGUGGAAACAGAAAUUAAAAUUCUUUCUGACUCCCCUAUCCCACUUUUUAUUUUCCUAUGAUCCACAUACAUCCCUGAUAGCCAAUCGACAUUUUUCUAUGGAGGAUACUUCAAUGGCAGAACUACAGGUAAAAAAUUAA